ACCUUUUUCCCUCCUGCCAGAUCCACAGUUUGUGAAGAUGGCGCCGAUCCAACAAGAAGAGGCCUACGACGACAAGAUCUACUUCUUCUUCCGAGAGGACAACCCUGACUGGCCAAAUAAUCCUUUGGCCCCAAGGAAGAUCUCCAGGGUGGCUCAAGUGUGCAAGGGCGACAAAGGAGGCAAUGGUUCCUUUUCAGCAGCCAAGUGGACAACUCUCCUGAAGUCCAUGUUGGUCUGUGUGGACUCGGCCACUAACCGAAACUUUGACUGGCUUCAAGACGUCUUUAUCGUUGAGUCAGACAAGUGGCUUCAGACAAAGAUCUACGGGCUUUUCCUCAACGAGUGGGGUUACUCGGCAGUCUGUGUCUACUCUGUUAGUGACAUCAGCGAAGGCUUCAAAACGUCUCCCCUGAAAAACUACAGUGGGAAAACCCCUGCUGUGAGGCCAGGACAGUGUCUACAAGGAACUGAGAAGACUCCACCCGAGACUUUCAAAGUGAUCGACAGCUAUCCAGAGGUGGCUGCCCAAAUGAAUGGGGAAAUCAUCUUCUACAGCAAACAUCGCUACCAGCAACUUGGAGUCCACCAGGUUCAGGCGGCGGAUAAGGAGAACUACGAUGUUCUGUACCUAGCCACAGACAAAGGAAGCAUCCAUAAAGUGGUCAUCUUACCAAAGGGACCCAUGAACAUCCUGGAAAUCCACCCUUUCCAGUCCCAGGCGGUCAUCCUCGCCAUGAUUUUAGACAAGACAAGGAAUGAAUUGAUUGUGGCUUCAGCCAACGAGGUGGUGCAGCUCCCCAUGGCUUCUUGUGGGGCAUAUAAGAACAACUGUGGGAGUUGUGUGCUGUCCAGAGAUCCUUACUGUGGAUGGAUCAAUGAGAAAUGUACUUCUAUUAAUGAGCACAAAAAUGGAACUUUAUUGCAGUCUCUAAGACAUGAUGUCCCUCGAAACAUUUGUCCUACUUCAAACAACUCUGAAGGAGACAGCAGCAGUCCGUCCUCAAAGGAAGACUUAAUCGUGACCUUAAAUGCCCGCUGUUUCCUGAAUUGCUCUCAAGAAUCUCAUUAUGCCGAUUAUACUUGGAUUCACAAUAAUCGGACAGUUGCCCAUUGCACCUCUGGGCACCGUCACUGCCUUCAUUUCAUUGACAACAUGACCAAUGAGCUCUAUGGCGAGUAUUCCUGCGUGUCUAAAGAAGAUUGGUUCCAUCAGACAGUCAUAACUAAAUGCCUGAAGAAUCCCUCUCAGGACAGUAAGUUCAAGAAUGUAAAAUCAGUAGGACUUGCCUCCGUGCCAUCUUUAUCGUUCUGGCUGGGGUUACUCCAUAUGAUAGCCAUCGUCUUCACCAUCCAAUAAAGACUUUCACAACAUGCCCCUCCUUGGCUGAAUAUUCAGGAGCAUCUCUGCUGAAGACAUCUCAGACUUCAGAUGGUUGUAGAACUGAACCUUCCUGAAGCUCAAAGGUCAGUGCAGAUGGUCUUUCAAAGCAGCCUGUCCUUGACAUUUUCUUGACAGCUGGUUGGAGGCAAAGAAAGAAGAAGAGGACUCCGGAGAAGGAAAAAUGAUGGAUACCCUCCGUUUCCCUUGUUGAGAUGGGUGGUUCUACAAUGGACCAAUAACACCAUAAGUAAAUAUAUCGGGAAGAACAUGGAAUCAUCUUCAUGGGAAAACCUUGUGGCGGCCUUGAGACCUGACUAAUCUAACCUCGAAAAAAGAAAGAUGAUUUUUGCCUAGAGGUAGAUUAGCAUUUACAAGGUCUAUUUUUAUAAGUUUUCUUGCCAGAAGACUAGCUGGUGACUUUUCAACAAGUUAACUCCUUCCCGUCUGUCCAUUUGUCAAACGGGGUUGGUCCCAUGUUUGUCCAGGAGUCCAGCUUGAGAAAAUGGUCUUUUCAAUUCCCCACCACUUCUGUUGGUGUUACUGCUGCUUAUUGAAUAAAAUAGUUAAGUGCCAGUUAAAGCUGUCCAGGUCUGUAGGUCAUAAACUUUUGGGGGGAAAACCCUUAUUAUAUUUCAGAAUAGUUGAAGAAUAUUUAUUUAUUAUAUUCUCUCUCUUUUUUUUUUUUUUAAAAAAGAGAAAGUUCCUUUUUUUCUGUACACAUUUGUCCCUGACCUACAUUGUUUGUUUCCUGCUCCCCCCACUCAUUCAGUUGCAUCCUGUUUCUUUAAACAAUUAUGGUCUGUUUUUUGGUUUUUUUAAAACAAAACAAAACCCCACCUAAUUGUUUUCUUUGGAAGACGUGGUGUAAUGUUCCUUGGUCAAUGAAAGUUCUACAGAUGACCUUAGGAGAGCUGGCUGCAAAUGCCCCGUUUCAGGAUGGUGGGGGAGAAAAGAAAUAGUGGUUGAACAUCUGAAGUUUGGGUUCCUGGAGAACAGAUCUUAAAGGGGAGCAGAGACUUUUUUUUUCUGUGUAAAUCUUUGCAAUGAAGUCCUCCGAUCUGGUGCAAAAUUGCUCACCUUAUGGCGGACUAAGAUUGAUCUUUCAGUCACUUCCCAAGGCUCACUCGAGAUCCAAGCUUUGUUACGGGGCCAUCGUUUGGAGAAUCAACUGUGAAAUGGACUUGUCCUUCUUCCCUCUUAGUCUUUCGAGCCCCAAAGGCAAUUCUGUGCUACACUACAUUGUUGUUGUUGUUGUUUUUUAAAAAGAGGCAUUCCUUAUUUCGCUUUUGUACAUUUCUUUGUCGUUGAUAUUGUUGAUCCUUCGAUGCACUUUGAACUGCUGUAGCAGUAGAUUAUGAAGAGAAGGGAUCCAAAACAGGGUUGUUUUAUGGGGAGGGUCUAUCAAAAAAGUCAAGAUGGCGGCUGUGCAGUUGAAGGGGCGGAGCUUUAAUCACAUGGCUGCGGACGCCAUUUUGAGGUGGGUGGGUUGACGCACAUUUCUCAUAGAUACCUCUAAACCAAAAACUCAUUCCUUUUUUUAUAUUUUUGCUUCCAAUUUCUUUGUACCUGAAUGUAUUUUUUUUUUAAUAGAGUGCUUUGCAAUAAAAAUAAAGAAAUGUUAAAAAAAAAA